UCCGUCAACACUUCAAACCAUCACCCAUUCCACCGCAUCCGGCACCAGAGACUCCAACUUCACCAGCACUACACCAUUAAAGAGAGAGCUCCAUCGUCUUUGAAACGUCUUUCUUCAGGCUAUUCACCAUCCACACACUGCUCUAUUCGAACCCGGCGCAUUCAAUCUCAUCGUCGCAAACCAGUCGCAGACCAGUCGCAUCCCGCCGCAAGCGCCCAUCACCAACCUCUUCCACCACCCAACUCAACCAGAACCACCCACAAUGCUGAUGCCCUCAGCCUUCUCGUGCGAUGCGUCGCAGCAGCACUACCAGUCAUAUCCUCACACUCGCCUGCAGUCGGCCCUCUUCGCCUCGCCGCCCGCCAGCCCCCCUACCCUUACCUCCACACCCGCCAUUGGCAACAUCUUCAACACCUGCCGCUCGCUGCAGUCUCUCCUCACAACACCACCACCACCAGAGCGCGCGCAAUUGACCCAGCUGCCCACACCGCCCAUGGCUCACGCGCCAUCGCCUAUCAAGCUCCGCCUGCGCCCUCGCGCGCCAAGGCCCGACAACUCCUCUGCCCCCGACUCCCGCCCUCGCAAGAAGAUUGUGAAGCGCGCGCCGCCCCGGGGCGCAAACAAGCGCCGUCGUGGUGCCGAUGACGACCUUGGUCGCAUGGACCUCACAAGCGACGACGACAGCGAUAACCAGAUUGAAGCCGACAGCGAGAGCGACGCCGACGUCCCCGCCAUGCCUGCCGCUCCCUCUACGCCGAAGCGCGCGCGCAUCGCUCCCGAGGUCAUCCCCCUCGGCCUCGCCCGUACCGACUACCACAACCUGCACGCUGCGUCAGAUACAAACCUGCCCCUCCUGAACCUGGCGCAAGGCAGCGGUGUCGAGGUGGAGCGUGAUGGCGAGCACUGGAGCACCGAGGACGAUCGCAUCCUCGUGGAACUUGUCCUCGAGAAGCUUCGUCUCAGCAAGACAGAAUGGCAAGACUGCGCACGCAGCCUGGGCAAGGACCGCAACAGCCUGUCGCGCAGGUGGCGGAGCCUCAUGGCCCAGGGCGAUGUCGGACUCAAGCCUACGCGCGCGAGUCGACGGGGCAAGCUCCACGGAACGUGGUGA